CUUGCGCCGGUUGUAUUUCAUUUUACAUUUCGCGUAUCAACGCUGUUGGUUUUACCGUUUUUAAAGGCCGACCGACACCUCUGUCAGUAUACGAUCGCGCGCGUUCCUAUCACGACGUGUUUUAUCAUUUUGUUCAGCUAUUUAUAUACGGUGACAAAUUGACUGAUAAUCUUCAGGAGUUUACUCACGAAGUGUCCAAAAGUGGACGACAAUACAGCAAUAUGGAUAAAAACGUGUCAGAAGAAGUGCAAAAGAAAAUCAACCAAUUGCGGAAUUGGGUAGACAGCCAGCCUCACUUGCCAAAGGAUAUAGACAACCGUCUCAUCUUGCGAUUCCUGCACAGCUGCUACUAUGAUGUGGAGAAGACGAAGCAGACCAUCGAGUUGUUCUUCAAGGUCAGAGACAGUGCUCCAGAGCUAGUCAACCACAGGGAUCCAUUGUCACCAGCUAUGCAGAAGGCUAUGAAAAUUGCGAAAGUGGCGCAUUACGAAAUAUCAGGCAAAAGAAACAUCUGGUUCUGGCAACUAAAUGACCCAGGUCUAGAACAAUACGACUACAUCCAAGAUGCAAGAAUGUUCUUCAUGACCUGUGAUGCUUGGAUACUCAGCAACGAGGAUCUGGCUGAAGAAGAUAUUGUUGUUAUGGAUGCCAAGGACAUUUCUCUUAAAUUCAUCUCGAAGUUUAAUAUUUCUGUUGCGCGGAAACUUGCGAAGUAUCAAGAGGAUGCCAUGCCGAUCAGGUUGAAGCAGAUCCACAUCAUCAACGCACCUCCUUUCAUCGACAAGCUGUUCAGCAUGAUGAAGCCGUUCCUUAAACAAGAAGUCACAAAUAUGAUCCACUUCCACGUGCCAAAAUCGGAAACCUUAUACAAGUACCUAAAUAAAGAAGAUUUGCCAUCAGACUAUGGUGGCUCCCGACCUUCCAUGGAAGAACUGAAUAAGAGAGUCGUAGAUAUUGUUAUGGAUAAAAGGAAAAUCUUCUUGGACGAGAACUUCUGGAAGACGGAGAAAAAGGGGAAGAAAAUAAAAGAGAUCUCUACAACGUUUAGAUCUUUAGACAUAGACUAAUGAAUAAAUAGACCUGGCCACAUGGUAUACUAAUAGAAGCAAGCUACUACAAUGUGUGAUAAGUUUAGCAAUAUAAUUGUUAUUAACGUAUCUAUGUAAAUAGAAUAUAAUUAUGUAUUUUAAUACUGCCUCGUUGGCCGAGUGGU